GGAAGCAGGAAGUGGGAGGCGGUCCGGCCGCCCGUCCGUCUCCGCCGCGGGAUGGAGAAGCUGCGGCUGCUCGGCGUCCGCUACCAGGACUAUGUGACCCGGCAUCCCGCCGCCACGGCCCAGCUGGAGACCGCCGUGCGGGGCCUCAGCUACCUGCUGGCCGGCCGUUUCGCCGAUUCCCACGAGCUGUCGGAACUGGUGUAUUCGGCCUCCAAUCUGCUCGUGCUGCUGAACGAUGGGAUCCUACGGAAAGAGCUGCGGCAAAGCCUACCCGUGUCACUCUCCCAGCAGAAGCUGCUCACGUGGCUGAGUGUGCUGGAAUGCGUGGAAGUAUUCAUGGAGAUGGGGGCUGCCAAGGUGUGGGGGGAGACGGGCCGCUGGCUCGUCAUCGUCCUCAUCCAGUUGGCUAAGGCCGUUCUGCGGAUCCUGCUGCUGCUCUGGUACAAGACGGGCAUCCAGACCUCACCCCCGAUCGUGCCCCUCGAUCGGGAGGCACAGCUGCACCCCCAAGGUGGUGAACGCGGCCCCGGCAGCCAGGAACGCUCUUACGUGGGGAAGCGGUCGAGCCGAGUGAUGCGAUCUCUGCAGAGCACUCCGUCCUUGCACUCGCGGCACUGGGGUGCCCCCCAGCAGCGGGAGGGACAGCAGCGGCACCACCGGGAGGAGGAGCCGAGCGCGGGCCCCACCCCCCUGGGCCUCCGGGAGACCGUCGCCGAGUCGGUGUUUAUCGCCCGGCCCCUCCUGCACCUCCUGAGCCUGGGCCUCUGGGGACGGCGGUCCUGGAAGCCCUGGCUCCUCUCGGGCGUUCUGGACGUGACCAGCCUGAGCCUUCUGAGCCACACCGAGGGACUGACCCGGCGGGAGCGGUUGGAGCUACGCCGACGGACCAUCCUGCUGCUCUACUACCUGCUGCGCUCCCCCUUCUACGACCGCUUCUCUCAGGACAGGAUCCUCUUUCUGCUCCGACUGCUGGCCGAUUACGUUCCCGGAGUCGGCUUGGUCACUCGGCCGCUGAUGGAUUAUUUGCCUGCCUGGCAGAAGAUUUAUUUCUACAACUGGGGCUGACCGGUGGAGCCUCCUCCCCGCUCCCCCACCAAAGCCAGAAGGAGCAGGGAGCUGCUGGGGGUGGGAGGGAGAGGACCCCCACCCCAACCCUCCCUCAGCUCCGCCGCCCUGGAAUAAAGCCGCCCUGUUAGUCGUCGUGGCCUCACUACUACGUCCCCGAUGACUUCUCCGCCCCUCUGGAGCUCCCGCAGUCACAGUUCGGCCUGAUGGACGACUAUGGUGUCCUGCCAAAGCACCCCAUGGCCCCGAGACCCUUCCCCAACCAGGCCCGGGCCCAGGCCCAGCAGAAGCGGGACGAAUCAGACAGAUCCCUGAAUUACUACGACGACCCCCCGUGACGAGGGCGGCGGGGUGGCGUUUGCAUAAAGUCAUUCCCAAUCCAU